AUGGCUCCUUACGCCCUCAUCGCGGCUACCCUUUUGGGUCUUGCCACUGCGCAAACACCAGGAUCGACACCAGAAGUGCACCCCAAGCUCAACACUUGGAAGUGCACCAAAGCGGGAGGAUGCAAAGAGCAGAGCACAGCUAUUGUCGUCGACUCAGCUUCCCAUUACAUCCAUCAAAAGGGCAACUCUACACUCGGCUGUGGAAACUGGGGUAGUGCAGCCGACCCGGUUGCGUGCCCGGAUGAGGAAACAUGUGCGAAGAACUGCAUCAUGGAAGGCAUCGAAGAUUACUCCACAAUGGGCGUCUACACUACCGGAGGCGAGCUUCGUCUGGACAUGUUCAACCCCAGUGGCGGCCAAGCUAGCCCUAGGGUCUACCUCUUGGCCGAGGACGAGGAGAACUACGAGAUGCUUCAACUGACCGGUAACGAGCUGGCUUUCGACGUCGACGUAUCGAAGCUGCCAUGCGGCAUGAACGGCGCCCUUUACCUCAGCGAGAUGGAGGCUGAUGGUGGACGUUCUCAACUGAACCCAGGUGGCGCCGCCUAUGGCACGGGAUACUGUGAUGCUCAGUGCUUCGUCACACCAUGGAUCAACGGUGUAGGAAACGUCAAGGGUCAAGGUGUUUGCUGCAACGAAAUGGAUAUCUGGGAGGCAAACGCUCGCUCUAACCAGAUCGCACCUCAUACCUGCAGUACCGAUGGUCUCUUUGGCUGCACAGGCGAUGAGUGUGGCAAGGCUGGAUUGUGCGACAAGAACGGAUGCGGAGACAACCCCUACAAGCACCGAAGCUCUCCCGACUACUACGGUACUGGCCUUAAAGUCGACACCACGAAGCCUUUCACCGUCAUCACCCAGUUCCCCGCCAAGGACGGCGUUCUCCAGGCCAUUGUCCGCAAGUACGUCCAGGACGGCGUCGUCAUUGAGAACGCCAGGAAGGAGAUCAUUAUGGACCAGGAGUUCUGCAGUGCUCAAGCUGGUGCUGAGAUGUACAGCAAGCUUGGUGGCCACAAGGGCAUGGGUGAUGCUCUGGCCCGCGGUAUGGUUCUCGCGCUGAGCAUCUGGUGGGAUGAGAGCGGUGCCAUGCAGUGGCUUGACGGCUCAGAGUCCGGAUCCGGACCAUGCAAUGCGACUGAAGGCUUCCCUAAGGCGAUCCAACAGAUUGAGAAGGCACCCACAGUUACCUUCAGCCAGAUCAAGUGGGGUGAGAUUGGAUCCACAUUCGCUGGUUCAAACUCCACCAUGCGCCGUUGGAAUGCGUAG